AUGUCAGGCGUACUAUGGUCCCUUGUUGGGAAAAGGGUUCUAGCGGAGUCCGCCAGAAACCACUUUGGAACAGAGGAUCCUUAUUUUGAAGAAAUUCCGGCGUCACGGCUCGGGCGCGCCAUGGGAAAGAAAACCCAGAAGCGUCGCAAAGCCAUCCCUCCAGGUUUAUCAGAGAAGGACACCAAAAUCCUUACACAAGUCAAGCGCCGAGCCUACCGAUUGGAUUAUGCUCUUUUCAAUCUCUGUGGUAUUCGCUUUGGUUGGGGUAGUGUCAUCGGUCUCGUUCCAUUCAUUGGUGAUGCCGCUGACGCUGGACUUGCCAUGAUGGUUGUGAGGAAUUGCGAAGAAAUCGAUGGCGGCCUUCCAUCGCGCUUGCGCAUGAUGAUGUUGAUGAAUGUACUGGUCGACUUCGUCAUCGGCCUGGUGCCUUUCAUUGGCGAUCUGGCAGAUGCAGUUUACAAGUGCAAUACUCGGAAUGCGGUCAUACUUGAGAAACACUUGCGUGAAAAGGGUCAUAAGGUGACCAGGAGGCAAUCCAAAGAACGACGCAGACGACCCAGCGGUCAUGAUCAGUUGACCAACGAUCCUCUCGAUGCGGUUGAUACGGUCGAUCACAGCCUCCCAGAGGAAUGGGACAAACAAGAGAGCGGGGUGGCAAACAAUUCACCACCAGAAUACCGAGAGCAUAGAAGAUCGCGCUCGCAGCGCUCGCACAAUGACAGUCGGGCUCCGACCAGGCCAGAACCUGCCAGGCAGGCCAAAAGCAGUCGCGGCUUCGGCCGUUGGUUCGGAGGAGCAAGCCACCCCGAGGAGGACCUCGAGCGAGGGCGCUGA